AUGGAAAGCAGCUGGAUCCAUAGCAAGAGAUUCUCCUUCUUCCUUCUUCUUGGUCUUCUGCUUCAAGGGGGAGGCAGUACUUUCACCAUCAAUUGCUCAGGGUUUGGUGAACAUGGAAUGUAUCCAACUCAUCUGGAUUCAGUGUUUGCCAGGAAGGCCUUUCGCCCAGUCACCAACUGGCGUGUCCCCACCCAAGUCAACCUCUCCUUCACCAUGUCUGCCAUCCUUGAUGUGGAUGAACAGCUACAGCUCCUGUCAUCAUUCCUGUGGCUGGAAAUGGUCUGGGAUAACCCAUUUAUCAGAUGGAAUCCAGAGGAAUGUGAGGGUAUCACGAAGAUCAGUGUAACAACCAAGAAUCUAUGGCUCCCAGACAUCUUCAUCGUGGAGUUCAUGGAUGUAGAUAAGACCCCCAAAGGCCUCAUAGCAUACAUAAGUAAUGAAGGCCGCAUCAGGUAUAAGAAACCCAUGAAGGUAACCAGUAUCUGUAAUCUGGACAUCUUCUACUUCCCCUUUGACCAGCAGAACUGCACCCUCACCUUCAGCUCUUUCCUCUACACAGUGGACUACAUGUUGCUGGGCAUGGAGAAAGAAGUGUGGGAAAUAGAAGAUAUAUCCCAGGAAAUUGUUCAGACUAACGGAGAGUGGGAGCUUCUGGGCAUCAGCAAGGCCACCCCGAAGAUGACUGUGGGCAGCAGCCUGUAUGACCAGAUCAUGUUCUACGUGGCCAUCAGGCGCAGGUCCAGUCUCUACAUCCUCAACCUUCUGGUGCCCAGUAGCUUUCUGGUGACCAUUGAUGCCCUCAGCUUCUACCUGCCAGCUGAAAGUGGGAACCGGGCACCCUUCAAGAUCACCCUUCUGCUGGGCUACAACGUCUUCUUGCUCAUGAUGAACGAUUUACUACCCACCAGUGGCACCCCUCUUAUUAGUGUCUACUUUUCCUUAUGUCUGUCCCUUAUGGUGGUCAGUCUGCUGGAGACCAUCUUCAUCACCUACCUACUGCAUCUGGCCAAUACUCAGCCCCCACCUAUGCCUCUGUGGCUCCACUCUCUGCUCCUCUACUGCACUAGUCCCUGGAAAGGCUGCCCCACUGUACCCCAGAAGGGAAACAGGAGCUUGGGUCAUUCUUCCACUCACCUUCCUGGAGUAAAGGAGCCCAUAGAGUUGGUGAGAAAAGAAGCUGGGCCCAGAGAGGCAGAGCUGAACAGGUGUCCUGAGCCAGCCAAAGCCAAGCAGAAAGAUGAGUCUCAGGAAAGACAUCUGGUUGAUCUGUGGGUGCUAUUUAGCCACAUGAUGGACACACUGCUUUUCCGCCUCUACUUGAUCUUCUUGGUCACCUCCAUCAUCACAGUCAUUGUCCUAUGGAACACCUAG